AUGCCACCGAAGGUACACCAUACUCCCAAGGCAGAGCCCAUCAUCAGCACUGAGAAGGUAGAUUCCAAAGCAUGUUUAAUGCAUCAACGUACCAAGAUCCAGAAUAGAGUAAGCACGAUAAGCCGAACGCUGGAGGAAGCAAAUAACGAUCCCACAAUUGUUGAGGUUACCCCUUCCGAUGAAAUUGAAGAUGAAGAUGAAGCCCUGGACAUUUUCGACGCUCUUCAUACGGACACGCUUUCUUUAAUUGAGCACCUCGUCGAAAACCUUUCUCCUGCUGCUGUUCGAGAUAUAAGUUCUUCCGCAACCAUUCAACAGCAAUCACUUAGAGCUCCAGUUCCCACUUUCGAUGGGAAGGUGGAAAAUUGGCCGAAAUUCCGAACAAUGUUUGAAGACAUUAUCGGGCGUAGUUGUAAUUCCGAUGCAGUAAAGUUACACCACCUUGAUAAGGCGCUGAUAGAUGAUGCUUCUGGAUUAAUUACGGCAAAAAUGAUAGUUGACAAUAAUUUUCAACAAACAUGGAAGCAGCUGAGCGACCAAUUUGAAAACCCAAGAGUAAUCGUCGAUACUCAUCUUGAAGGACUGCUCGAGAUGAAACCGAUGACCAAACGCAACCAUAAGGAUUUACUCGAGCUACUAAAAACAUUUAACCGACAUGUUGGUGGUCUCGAGUACCAAGGAUUAGUAGUUGAUGAACUUUCUGGUCUUAUUCUCACGAAGAUCCUUACCACGCGAUUAGAUGAACAAACUCUUCAACUGUGGAAGAGAAUCCAGCAACAUGCCAAAUUGCCCAAAUAUGAAGAAACCGCACUGUUUUUACGAAACGAAUGCCAAGUUUUGGAAAGGUUCCAAAAUCGGCACCAGAUUACAACAAGAGAAGCCGUACCAAAACAGCAAUCCAGUUCAAGAACACUCAAUCAAAAAUCACAUGCUGUAACUACUGUCACUGGUGUAAGUUCCUGUCAGGUAUGUGGCGGCAACCAUCGUCAUUUUGAGUGCCCGGAGUUCAACAAACUGUCAACAACUCAACGAAUUGAGAAAGUGAAGGAGCUGAACAUUUGUUUCAAUUGCCUUCGGCUCGGUCACAGGUCAUUGGACUGCUCAUCAAAAAAAUCCUGCUAUCGCUGCCAUAAGAGACAUCACACUUUACUACAUGAAGAGAGUGUUUUUAAAGAAGCCCCACCAUCAAGCCAGACUCCAGAUCCAAUGUACAAAACCGGCAAGGACAGUUUGAAGUAUCCGCAAACUGUUGUAGCUUGCAGUAAUUCUAAUUCCGUGAUGCUUAUGACUGCUGUUGUGCUAAUCAAGGAUCAGUAUCGUUUGAAGUUUGAAAAACAGGCUGUGUAUGUUCCUAUUGCUGGAAUUGGAGAAGCCAAAGCUUGUGCCAAGGAAAAACUAGUGGUGAAGGUGGAAUCCAGAUUAUCCGAUUUCACAACAUGCAUCGAAUGCUUAGUGGUUCCCAAAAUUACCGGACCUAUUCCAUCUGCAAAAAUCGAUAUUUCUUCGUGGCCAAUCGACGUUAAUCUACCUAUGGCAGAUCCAAAAUUUAACAUCCCUUCUGAUAUCGACAUGCUAAUCGGUGCUUCACAGUUUUUGCGGUUGCUGAAAACAGGUCGAAUGCAGUUAAAGAAUAAUUUGCCAGAACUUCAAGAAACACACUUCGGGUGGGUAGUUGCAGGUGAUUUCGACGGUGCAAUUACUUCUCAGCAGUGCUUAGUAUCCACAACCGACUCCAUUUCCGAUAUUCUUCGCCAAUUUUGGGAGCUGGAGGAAAUUGCAGAGUCUGCUACUUUAAGUUUCGAGCAAGAUGAGUGCGAAAAAAUAUUCCAAUCCAGUCAUACUCGAGACGUGACCGGUCGUUAUAUGGAAUAUUGCAAGUUUAUCGAGGAAUACGAGCAGCUAGGUCAUUGCCAAGAAGUGGUUGAAUCUGAUGAUGAUAUCAGUUGUAGCGGUUAUUAUCUGCCGCAUCAUGCUAUUUUCCGCCUAUCAAGUUCAACUACCAAAAUUCGGGUUGUCUUUGACGCUUCUGCCAAAUCAUCGCGAGCUGAGAAGUCAUUGAACGAUGUUCUACAAGUCGGAGCAACACUUCAGAGUGACAUUUUCAGCAUUCUACUACGGUUUCGAAAACAUCAAGUGGUGUUUACUGCCGACAUUACAAAAAUCUUUGCGAAGAUGAAGGCGAUUCAUUCCCACUCGCUGAACGAAAUAAGAGAGGCGAUUGAAUGUCAAUCUCAAAUACAGCAACUACUCGAGCGAGGUGGUUUUCCUGUUCACAAAUGGUGUUCCAAUGCCAUAGAAGUUCUCAACCAAAUUCCCGAAUCCGAUCGUGAGAAAUUAGUGCAUCUUGAUAACAGUUCAGUUAACGUAAUGAAAACAUUGGGUUUGGUGUGGAGCCCACAACAGGACGAAUUUGUGUUCAACGUCAAUAUUACCAACAGAGAAGAAAACCCACAUACGAAGCGCUCGGUACUAUCCGAGAUUAGCAGGCUGUUCGACCCGCUUGGUCUCAUAUCUCCAGUUACCAUUAUUGCCAAAAUAAUUAUGCAGAGGAUUUGGAAAGCUGGACUCGCUUGGGAUGAUCCAUUAGAAGAAGAGGUACUUGUGUCAUGGCUGCAAUUUCGUAAAUCGUUAUUCCAUGUUAACAGUAUAAAGAUUCCCCGAUGUACUAUAACUAGUGGUAUCAAAAAUAUCGAAUUUCAUGGUUUCUCAGAUGCAUCUGCUGCUGCAUAUGGUGCAGUCAUCUAUACUCGUUGCAUCCUGUCUGAUGGUACAAUUCGACUGAAUAUGCUGUGCAGUAAAUCCAAGGUAUCUCCGAUUGCAGAAAUGACUAUUCCACGUAAAGAAUUGCUUGGUGCUCGAUUACUGUCUCGUCUAUUGGUGAAAGUCCUGGAUUCCUUCCAAUUAAAAAUAUCAGAUGUGAUUCUGUGGAGUGACAGUCAGGUAGUUCUAGCAUGGCUUCAAAAACCUUUACCAUCACUUGAAUUGUUCGUUCAAAACCGAGUAAUGGAAAUUAUGAAAAACACUCAAGGUUGCACAUGGAAUUACAUCAGAUCUAAGCAAAAUCCUGCCGAUAUUAUAUCCAGAGGUCAACUGCCACUCGCUUUGAGUACAAAUGAGCUUUGGUGGAACGCGCCGAAGUUUCUAAGCAAAGCCGAUUACAAGUUGGAGAUUCCUGAUGAUAUUCCAGAUGAAGAUCUUCCAGAAUUAAGAAAGGUUCACCUUAAUGUGGCCCCUGUUGUCAACGAGGAAAAGUUACCUGUGUUCUCCAAGUUCAGUUCAUUCAGGAAAAUGCAGAGGGUUCUCGAGUUGGUGCUGCGAUUCAUCAGUAAUUGUAAAUUGAAAUCAUCGAAUGAACGAAGUUUGUAUCACUAUCUUACAAUCCAAGAACUUCGCUCAGCACUGCAUUUGAUUAUCAAGGUGAUUCAACACGAAGCUCUUGGUGACGAGAUUCAUCGUAUGAUGUCCAGAAGGCCGUACAAAAACAUUUCUUCUCUUGAUCCGAUCUACGACAAUGGCAUUUUGCGUGUUGGAGGAAGGCUUCAGAACUCUCGUUUGCCUUUCGAUAUGAAGCACCCAAUCAUACUUCCAAAACAUCCAAUUACCGAUCAACUCAUCCGGAAGAUCAUCUGUCAGAAAAAUAACCAGGAGCUGCAUCACAUGUUUCCGUUCGAACCCUUGAAGUUCCAGUCAAUUGAUAGGAAAUCUGCCGUCUUGUCGAGUUACACCCGCAGCACCGUUUCUGAAAACAGAUAUACGUCGCCGGUUGUGAAUCCGGUCCUUACUCGGGAGAAAGAGUCGCCAGACGAGUUCCUGGCCCAAGCUCGGGGGAAUCGAGCAGUUCCUGUAGCAUCUGUAAAGAGCACAAGCCUCGUCGUCCAGCAGCAUAAAAUCAUCCUCGGUCUAGGAAGCAAUUCAGCAACAACAGUGAAGUUACAGAUAAUGGAGUGCACAUCACCACUUCACCCCUCCACCUCCUGCAGUGAGUCUACGAUGCAUUGUUCUGCCAGUUCGAUCUACAGCAGUUCACGUCUGCGAUACAUUCUUCUACCAGUUCGGUAUACAUCAUUCAAUUCAGCGAUUGACAACCACAUAACAGAAGUGGUUUCGAGGUCCCAGCAACGAAGCAAUCAGGGAUGGCCCAGUUUUGGUCAAGGUGAUCGGAGCUACCAUCCCAACAAUAACUCAAGUUAA